CUCGUGCGUGGUUACUAUGCAAAUUGCAGCGAUUGCGGAAAUAAACAAGGGGGUAGGGAGAGGAAAAAGGGACUGCCGAAAGGAUCGCAACUUCUGCAAAGUCUCUUACAAGCACACCAGGCAAAUCCAGAGAGAAUCUGAGAAGCAGCCAGCCCGGGGGACAAGCUAUGAAGCAAUUCGUCUGAGCAUUUUAAAGUUUCUCACGUACUCUUUUUACAUUGCAAUGGAUGAGUUUCAUCCUUUUAUUGAAGCACUUCUGCCCCACGUCCGCGCCUUCGCCUACACAUGGUUCAACCUGCAGGCCCGAAAGCGAAAAUACUUCAAAAAACAUGAGAAGCGCAUGUCGAAAGAAGAGGAGAGGGCCGUGAAGGAUGAACUGCUAAGUGAGAAGCCUGAAGUCAAGCAGAAGUGGGCUUCCCGACUUCUGGCCAAGUUACGGAAAGAUAUUCGACCUGAGUACCGAGAGGAUUUUGUUCUUACAGUCACAGGGAAAAAACCUCCAUGCUGUGUUCUUUCCAACCCAGACCAGAAAGGCAAGAUGCGGAGAAUUGACUGCCUCCGCCAGGCAGAUAAAGUGUGGAGAUUGGACCUCGUCAUGGUGAUCUUGUUCAAAGGUAUUCCUCUGGAAAGUACUGAUGGCGAGCGCCUUGUAAAGUCCCCGCAGUGCUCCAAUCCAGGGCUCUGUGUCCAGCCCCAUCACAUAGGAGUUUCUGUUAAGGAACUCGAUUUAUACUUGGCAUACUUUGUGCACGCAGCAGAUUCAAGUCAAUCUGAAAGUCCCAGCCAGCCAAGUGAUGCUGACGUUAAGGACCAGCCAGAAAAUGGACAUUUGGGCUUCCAGGACAGUUUUGUCACAUCAGGUGUUUUCAGUGUGACCGAGCUAGUAAGAGUGUCACAAACACCAAUAGCUGCAGGAACCGGACCCAAUUUUUCUCUCUCUGAUUUGGAAAGUUCUUCAUACUACAGCAUGAGUCCAGGAGCAAUGAGGAGGUCUCUGCCCAGCACAUCCUCUACCAGCUCUACAAAGCGUCUCAAGUCUGUGGAGGAUGAAAUGGACAGUCCCGGUGAAGAACCAUUUUACACAAGCCAAGGACGCUCCCCAGGGAGUGGCAGUCAGUCCAGUGGAUGGCACGAAGUCGAGCCAGGCAUGCCAUCUCCAACCACACUGAAGAAGUCUGAGAAGUCCGGUUUCAGCAGCCCCUCCCCUUCGCAGACCUCCUCCCUGGGAACAGCAUUCACACAGCAUCACCGACCUGUCAUUACAGGACCCAGAGCAAGUCCACACGCAACGCCAUCGACUCUCCACUUUCCAACAUCACCCAUCAUCCAGCAACCUGGGCCUUACUUCUCACACCCAGCCAUCCGCUACCACCCUCAGGAGACGCUGAAAGAGUUUGUCCAGCUUGUCUGCCCUGAUGCCGGUCAGCAAGCUGGACAGGUGGGCUUCCUCAAUCCCAAUGGAAGCAGUCAAGGCAAGGUGCACAACCCAUUCCUCCCUACCCCAAUGUUGCCGCCACCACCGCCACCACCAAUGGCCAGGCCUGUGCCUCUGCCCAUGCCAGACACCAAGCCCCCAACCACAUCAACAGAAGGAGGUGCAGCCUCCCCCACCUCACCAACCUACUCGACACCCAGCACCUCCCCCGCAAACCGAUUCGUCAGUGUUGGACCACGGGAUCCAAGCUUUGUAAAUAUCCCUCAACAGACACAGUCCUGGUACCUGGGAUAAAAGUUGCAGCAUCCCACCAUCCGCCAGACAGACCACCUGACCCCUUCUCAACUCUGUAACAUGGACGCAACCUCAACCCAGCGCAGUUACAACUUCACUGUCAGUGGAAGGGGAGAAAAACCGACUCGAAUCAACUUGUACAUGGAAACAGCAAGCAUCAUGGUCAAACAGCAAAGGCCAUAACCUUUCGGGAUUUUUUUUUUUUUUUUUAAUCUUUAGGGACUGUCGUAAUUUCUCAUAUGGUGCUGGAAAUGGUUGGGCUGUGUGACAUUUGAAGUGUUUCGGUGGUGGUGUGAGCAUUAGCUGACGUGGCUGGUAGAGGAGGAGCCUUGCUCACUAACUUCCUGUUGUAACACACUUCCCUUUCGAGCCUGGCCUUUUCACAGUAUUUCACGAAUUUGCCCACGCAGGUGUGACCCUCCCCGAGCAUUUGGAGGCACCUGGAGAAUGAAAUCUUUUGUAGUAGCUGAGAUCUGUGAUCUGUAACUUACAGGACACUCAAAGGGCAAUGGUUUUUUUGGGUUUUUUUUUUUUUUUUUGGUUCUUUUUUUGUUUUGUUUUGUUUUUCUGUAACAUUAGAAAAAGAAAAUGCAGUUGCGUUGAUCUUUCUUUUCGUUUGGUUUGGUUCAGCAGUCAGCAGUUACAUACACAACACAGCCCGCAAAGACAGUGAAUCCACUCAUGUUGCAGAACAAUUCCAAAAAGACGGCAAAGACUACUACUAUCAGUUGUUUUUUUUUUAAAGUUUUGAAAUGCUGCACUUACAUUAAAAAAAAAAAAACAUUUUUCAACAAUUUCAACAAUGACACAAAAAUUCACAUGGAAAUGGGGGAGAUGGUCUGUUUUAACAGAAACUGACAGGAAUCAAAACAAUCGAAUUUUGAAUUGAGUGAAGUGCAAUUUCAUUGGAUAGCUAAGUAUCUUUGUAAGAUAGAGAUUGUUGAAAAUUCUAUUUUUGUUUUUCAAGUCCUUCCACCCCAGGACUCUAAAUUAUUGGGGUAAAAAACAGCCUUGCAAGAAAAAGGGGAGCUAUUUUUGCUUUUUAUGUUUUUUAUUGUUAAACUUGUAUCCCUUUAAAAAAAACUGAAGGAAAAUUUAAAAAAAAAAAAACAAAAAAAUACAAAUCUAAUGGUGCUUUUACCACAAUAUGUUAACUACAUUAAAUGCUAAUUAAUUAUUUUCUGUUAUCAAAGCACAUAACUCAAAUGAAAUCAUGGUCUCUGUUAAUUUUAUAAGCUAGAAAUCACUAUAAUGAAUUAUGCCAAUUAUGGAAAUUUUUACAUGUGUAUGGCAACACCAGAUCUAUCAGUUAUCAAAUGCCUCAUUGUACCAGACAUUGUCCAGAAGUUUCAAAGACCCUUUGCAAACCCUGAACUGGGCUAUGGGAAAACUAAUACUAACAACACCGAUACGGACACAACUGCUGGUGCCCAUUCAGAUCAAGGGCACUCAUUAGGGAAAACGAAAAAAAAAGUUCACACCCUCCCCCCUUCAAAUGUCUUGUAUCUUAUGUUUAAAAAAAAAAAAGACAAAAAAAAUAACAAAAAAAUCAAAAAGAACAAAAAAAAGCAGAAACAAACAAACAAACAAAAAAAAAAAUGCAAGUGAUUUUUCUACCAGACAGCGAAGCACCCCCUUGCUUCCCAUGCAACUUCAAGGUUUCCUAUACUAUACAUAUAUAUGUGUUCUGGUUGGCAGACUGUGCUGACCAGAGGAAGUCUCUGCAUGUUCUAGUGUUAGUAACUAAUUUUUAUAUAGCUAAUGUAGGAUAAAGUAGAGUGCAUUAAGACAAUAUUGUAACCCCAUUCUAGGCACUUGCCUUUAAACUGUCUCAGCCCUUCAGAAGGGCUCAACUACUGUCCUAUACAAUCAAGUAACUGAAAUUCUUGGGAAGACACUUUGCUCCUCAUCUUUACCCCCAAACGAUGUUGUUUUGUUUUUAUUUUUUUCCUUAAUUUGCACGAAAACAAAAAUUCCAUAUCAAUGUGCCUUGCCCUGGAUAGUGAUUAUUUGUGGAAUUGUUGCACACGCUCCUCUAUUGAAGGGGUUUUCCCUACUCAAGCAUUCGGAGACACUUUUUGUAAAUGUUAACUUUUAUGUCAGCCAUCGUCAGUUUCAACAUCUAGAUCUAAAUAGAAAGUUAGCUGUUCCGCAGACAGGCGUAGUCUUGACUGUCCUGUGUGGUCAGUGGCAGUGCUGUUCUGUAGAUGCUUACAAUAUCAGUAUUUGGGAUGUUGCUGCAUUUUUUUUUUCAAUUUAUUUGGAGUCUUCCUUUAUUUUCCCCCAGAUAUAUGAAAAUAUGCAAUACCUGCUUAUAUCAUGUAGAAGAGCUUAGCAAUUAUUAAUUUUUCUUUUUUUUUAUUUGACCAAAGUCAGUGCUGCACUUGAGACGCAGUGUUUUUAGGUGUCUGUCUUUGUAUUUUCUGUGGUUUUUGAUGCACGUGCGCAGGAAGGGCUCCUCUUAGAGAAGCAGUCAAACUGUGAAGCACUAAGCUGACCCUGCUUCAAGCAAUUUUGUUUUUACAACUGUUCCUUUCACAAGCAAGCCUUAAAAAAAAAAAAAAGACAACUUCCUUUCUCUUCAGCCCCCACACCCACUUUUCUUAGCAGACAGCAGUCAAUCCACAUUCAAUAAAAAGUACAUAAUGCCCAUUUUUAUAUGCACGUUUUUAAACUUCCAAGUUCUGAAAAUUGUUUACUGGUUAUCUCUAUUUAAGGAAAAAAAAUAAAAUAAAACAUUUUGGAUUUUCA